AUGCCUGCUUCUAAGAAUACGAAGAGUAUAUCAAGGCAAGAGCUUUGGCGGAAAAAAGUGCUUGGUCCUUAUUACGGGAAUGAAACUCAACAAACAAAGCAAAAUUAUUUUCACAAUCAUUAUUUUGAUUUCCAUAAAACACCCGAUGAACCUACUAGUCUUAGUAUUUACGCUGGUUACUUGGAGCUUAUGUUACAGCAAAAACAUAUAUCAGUACGUUUAAGUCAUAGUGACAAAACUAAAUUACUUUGUAUUGUAGCGGAAAUGUCUAGGGGCGAACAAGAGAAUUUGAAACAACAAGCAAGUAAAUUGUUAGAACAAUUGCAAGUUUUACCGUUCCGAAAGAUCAAGUUUUCUUCAAAGUUGUUUUAUGACCAAGAUGACCUGGCUUUGAAUGACUUCAAGGUUUAUCUUGUCGAUGAAUUUCAUACCUCAAGUUUCUGUCCCAAUUACGAAAACAGACUAGAGAAGUUUAAGCUCAUUGCUAAUCCAAGACCAUUUCAGCGCGAAAAAAUGCCUACUGUAUUCUGCCAUGGUUUACUUCAUUGUGAAAAUAUACAUUGUUUAAAUGAACACGAAUAUAAAAGAAGAAUAUGGAAUCGAGAUCUGGUGGCAACACUAAACUUUAAAAAGAUAUUGACAAGCCUUAGAAAUAAUGGCGAGAAACAUCUUUUGUUUUCACGUCAAAAACAACAACAACAAUUCUGA